AUGGCUCUGGCUCUGCACUUGCUGCCUCUGUUGCUCUUCAAGGCCCAGGGGGACCCCGGGGCCUCUCUGGAGGGCCGCCCUGGGGACAAGGUGAAUCUCUCCUGCAUUGGGGUGUCACGCCCCACCCGCUGGGCUUGGGCACCUAGCUUCCCAGCUUGCAAAGGCUUGUCUAAAGGGCGCCGCCGGAUCCUGUGGGCCUCGUCCAGCGGGACCCCAACGGUGCCUCCGAUCCAGCGCUUCUCCGGCCGCCUACGCGCCCUGGACCCCGGGAUCCAGAGGCUGGAGCUGCUGCUGAGCGCCGGGGAUUCGGGCACUUUCUUCUGCAAGGGGCGGCAAGAGAACGAGAGCCGCACGCUGCUGCACGUGCUGGGGGACAAGGCAGGUUGCAGGGCCUCGGGGUCCAGCCAGGGGUCCGUGUAUCUCCAGGUCCUGAUCUCGCUGCUGGGUGCAGGGUUGGUGUUCGGACUGGGAGCCUUGGGCGUGGUCUGGUGGCGACGCAGGUGUCCCCCCCCCACACCCCUCACAUCUCCAGUCCUGAAUGUGCAGCCCCAAAGGCCCUUAGAGCAGAAGCCCAAGAUUCCAGGCGACCUGGAUCAGGAGCCGAGCCUGCACUAUGCGGAUCUUGACCCCACUGCCCUGCGGAGGCCCCGCCGGCUGCCUUCAGUGGUCCCUGCUGAUAAUGCCACUGUCUAUGCAGUUGUAGUUUGA